AGCUUAAACUGAGCACAGUGUCAACGCAGCGCGAACGACAGUAACAACGCGCACGGUGAACUAACAAACAAAGUCAACGGUGACUUGAUUUUACGAACGGUAAUAUAAAUAAAAACAGUUGUUUUGUUUUCAAAUUUAUUUGAAAAAAAAAAAAAAAAUGAAGGCCCACUUUUUUGCAACUCUGCUCUGCAUGGGCAUAGUUUUUUGCACGAUUGAAGCAAAAUUAGAGGAAAAAUUUUCGUGGAAACAAUUGGAGUUUGAAUGGCCAAGUGAAGAAGCUGAAAAAGAAGCCACCAGCAAGGGUCAAUAUGUACCGGAAAAUAAUUUACCAUUAGGCUUGGAGCGUUGGAAUAACAAAUUAUUUGUCACUGUGCCAAGAUGGAAAGCGGGUGUUGCUGCCACACUAAAUUAUAUCGAUCUUAACACUGACCAGAAAUCACCGAAAUUACGUCCAUACCCCAGUUGGGAAACAAAUACAUUGCCUAUCGAAGUUGCCCCACAAGACGCUAAAACUCCAUCUGGCGGACGUUUAGAUGCCGACAAGCCGCAAUCUACUGAAACCGAGCUAAAGGAUAAUGCAACCAUUAUUUCAACUUUCCGCAUACAAGUAGAUGCCUGCGAUCGUUUGUGGGUUUUGGAUACUGGUCUUGCAGAUAUAUUAGGCAAUCCUAAGCAAAUUACACCCAACUCUAUUGUUAUCUUCGAUUUGAAAAAAGACAAACUUGUAAGACGUUUCAACAUACCCAAAGAUCAAACAAAAGACGAUAGUUUCUUUGCAAAUAUUGUAAUCGACUCCGAGCGCAACGAAUGCGAUGACGCUUACGCUUAUGUACCAGAUCUGGGUGCUUACGGUCUCAUUGUUUACUCCUUCCGUGAUGAUCGCUCAUAUCGCGUCAAACACAAUUUCUUCCAUUUCGAUCCACUACAAGGUGAUUUCAAUGUUGGCGGCGUCAAUUUCCAAUGGACGGAUGGUGUUUUCGGUCUUGCCGUUGGUCCACUUAAAGCUGAUCACACAAAAGAUAUAUAUUUCCAUGCUUUGGCCAGCACUAAGGAGUUCAAAGUGUCGAAUCGUGUUCUACAAAACGAAACACAUGUAACAAGUCCAGCCGCUUAUUAUGAUUUCAAAUUUGUUGGUGAUCGUGGCAUGAAUGGACAAUCAACUACAGAGGUUUAUGAUAAGGAUACGGAUGUUAUAUUCUAUACCCAAGUGAAUAAGGAUGCAAUUGCCUGUUGGAAUGUGAAACGUCCAUAUGAUUUGGAGUCGCAGGGUCUUAUUGAUUCCGACUCGCAUACACUUGUUUUUCCCAAUGACAUGAAAGUUGACAAUGAGGGUAAUGUGUGGGUAUUGUCCGAUAAGAUGCCUACAUACUUAUACAAAGAAUUGGAUCCUUCGGCAGUAAACUAUCGUAUUUUGAGUGGCAACAAUCGUGAUUUGAUCAAGGGUACACCUUGUGAGAAUUAAGGAUGGAAAAGUGUUGCUUUUUUAUUUUCAACUGCAUGCUAAAACAAUUUACAUACUUAAGUACAUACUAACGCAAAGCACUUAUCUUUGCACUCUAGAUUUUAAGUUACUAUUAUGCGCAAAUUUCUUUGUUUACAAAUUGUUUACGUACACAUAUUGUGAUUUCAUGAAUGAAAAAUACAUCUAUUAAAAUUGUUUUUAAA